AUGCUGGCGAAGCGCGUGCUGCGUCUCGUAGUGGAGCGUCCCCCCACUCCCGUGCUUCGGACCCGUCCGUCUCUCGCAGUCCGCCGUGGCAGUCGGGCGCUGGGCGGGGCUUUGGCCCAGCAAGUGCUCGCGCGGGGCAUCACGACGCCCAGCCUGGCCAACUUCUCGUCCUCCGCGGCGGCCGAGCACGUGGCCAACCUGCCAGACCCGAGCGAGGCCUUCGACCGCAUCGUGCACCGCUCGCCGCACGCAGACGUCGAGAUCCCGGAGCACACGAUCUGGGAGGUGGCGGAGCGCCAGGCGCGCGUCAACGGGGACAAGCCCGCCUUCGUGUGCGGCCUCACGCACCGGAGCGUCUCGUUCCGCGAGCUCUUCACGGGGGCGCGGCGCCUCGCGGCCUCGUUCGCCCAAGAGGGCGUGCGCAGGGGCGACGUCGUGGUGCUGCACUCGUUCAACUGCAUCGAGUACCCCAUGGUGGUGCUGGCACUCACCGGCAUGGGGGCCGUCUGCUCGCCCGCCUCGCCGCUGUUCGUGCCCAACGAGUUGGCCUACCAGCUCUCGCACUCGAGGGCCAAGUUCCUGGUCACGCACAAGCAGCUGGAGACGACGGCCGCCACGGAGACGCUCGGCCUCAAGAGCAUCAACGACAUGGCGGCGCAGACCGAGCACGACUUCUUCUACGAGCGCGUGGACCCGAACCUGAAGCUCAUGCUGCCGUUCUCCAGCGGGACCACGGGCAACCCCAAGGGCGUCGGCCUGAGCGCCAGAAACCUACUGGCCAACGCUCUGCAGGUCAGCCAUGUGGAGCCUGAGGGCGACAACUUCCUGGGCCUCGUGCCCUUCUUCCACAUCUACGGCAUGAUGCUCAUCCACCUCAGCAUCCUCCAAGCCAAGAGCAUCGUCAUCCUGCCGAGGUUCAUGCCGGACACGUUCCUCAACGCGUUGUCCACGUACAAGAUCCGCACAGCCCACAUUGCACCUCCUGCAGUGCUGUUCCUGGCGCACCACCCGAUGGUGGAGGAGUUCGACCUCUCAGCAACCGAGUUCGUUGUGUCAGGUGGAGCCCCCAUCGGCAAGCAGGUGGAGAGCACGGUGCACAAGCGCCUGGGUCUCAACGUGAAGCAGAUCUACGGCAUGACGGAGCUGAGCCCUGCGGUCAACUACGGCGAAGACAACACUCGCAAACCCGGCAGUGCCGGACGACUGGUGCCGAACACGGAGCUGCGCGUGCGCUGCAUGAGCACGGACCGAGACCUGCCGCCGAACCACGAGGGCGAGCUGCUGUACCGCGGGCCGCAAGUCAUGCUCGGGUACGAGAACAACCACGAGGCCAACCAGAACAUCUUCACGGAGGACGGAUUCCUUCGCACGGGGGACAUUGGUUACAUCGACGACGACGGCUUCGUGUUCGUCAUCGACCGCGCCAAGGAGCUCAUCAAGUACAAGGGCCACCAGGUCGCACCGGGCGAGCUGGAGGACGUCCUGAACCACCACCCGGCCAUCGCCGACUGCUGCUGCGUGCGCGGACGCAACGACAUGGGCGAGGAGAUCCCCAAGGCUUUCGUGGUGCUCAAGAACCCAGACAGCCCCGACCGCCCGACGCCGCAGGACAUCAUGGACUACAUGGCCGAGAACGUCGCCCCCUUUAAGAAGGUGCGCGAGGUGCAGUUCAUCGAGGCCAUCCCCAAGAACGCGUCCGGCAAGAUGCUGCGGCGCCAGCUCCAGGAGCGCGAGAACCGCCUCCACCAGGCGUAA